UUUUUUUAUAUGUAUGGCAGCUUAUGUUUCUUUUUCGUUUUUGUUCUUUUUUAUUUUUUGCAGGUAUUUGUUGUGGCAGUACUUGCUAUCUUUCCUCUUGUGCCUAAGAAUCUGUCAAUACGGGCAUACCGGCUUUCCCUCAUAGGGACUGCUUGUUCUUCUCUAUAUUCUUUGUAUUCAACAUAUGGGAAACCUAGAGCAUGGAAUAUGCAGGCUUUGCAAGUUUGGUUUCAAUCAGUGGUGGUUACCAAAGAUUUUAUCUACUCCAUCUAUUGCCUUACAUUUGUCUCCUCACAUCUGUGCCUCAAAUUCGCUCUAAUUCCCAUUUUGGGUUGGGCCCUUGAGCAUGUUGCAAAGUUUCUGAGGCGCAACUUUAGCAGAUCCACUUUGUAUAGGAAAUAUUUGGAAGAGGCAUGUGUUUGGGUUGAUUCAAAUGCUACAACCCUUGGCAUUCUAUCCUCACAAGCAGAGAUUGGAGUUGGGUUCCUUCUGAUUUUCUCUCUCUUCUCGUGGCAGCGCAAUAUUAUACAGACAUUUAUGUACUGGCAGGUGCGUGUCGCUUCUCUGAUUUUAAAAUAUGAAAAACUUUACAUUUUCACGUGACAUUAUUUCGUGGCCUUAGAAAUAUGCAGUGAGAGUGAAAGUGAAGCUGCCCUUUGUUUUCUACCUAGAUUAUUGAGUCUGUUGUGCAGUUUAUACUUUAUGGCUCAUUCGAGAUAUUUGGCUCGGUUCUUGUAUGAUUUUCAUAUCCUUCAAGAGUUAUUACAAAUUUUAGGCUUGUUCUUUGAUCUGAAAAUAGCUGUUCAAGAUUGGAAAUUAUAAAAUCUGGUGUCAUGGUUCUGGCCAUUUAUAACCUGUUGAGUAGAUAUAUGA